AGGCUUCAGCGAAGAGCCAAUGAGAGCGGGGGGUGGGCGAGGUGGAUGGGGUUUCCGGUUCCGGUGGUCUCGUCGGGUUCCUAGUGCGACGUGUCUCUGACUUCUCUGCAGUGACAGCAGCAGGCAUUAUGGACCAGGUAAUGCAGUUUGUUGAGCCAAGUCGGCAGUUUGUGAAGGACUCCAUUCGACUGGUUAAAAGAUGCACCAAACCUGAUAGAAAAGAAUUCCAGAAGAUUGCCAUGGCAACAGCAAUAGGAUUUGCUAUAAUGGGAUUCAUUGGCUUUUUUGUGAAGUUGAUCCACAUUCCUAUUAAUAACAUCAUUGUUGGUGGCUGAAUACCUUUUUAGAAGAGUGCUUUUCAUCUUGGGAAUUUGUGAAGAAAAGAGGAUUUCAGAAGCUCAUGGAGUAAAAUUUGCCUAUGGAUUUUGUAUUUUUCUGCCAUGUCUCCCCUUCCAAGAUGUUUUUUUUAUUUCUAAAUUAAAAUAAUUUCAAAGUAAA